GCGAAAGUGCUAAGGCAGCGGCAACUGGCAUCAACCUCGGUCCCCGCGCUCACGAAAGACAAUGCUCCUUUAUGGCGAGGCCGCAUGGAGCCUCAGACCAAGAUCGGCCAGUCUGUCACAGGCGCGAUGGAAUGGCAGACAUCAAUGUACACAUUCAACAAGCAGGGCAUAAAGUCAAUAGCGUCGGCGACAGCCAAUUUGGAAAAGCUCAUCGCAAACUACAUUACCGCGAAGAGAGUCGAUAAUACUGGCAAAGACAUACGACGAAUACGAACGGCCCUAGCAUUGAGACGGAAAGGUUCAGCCAAAGUCUAUGUGUCCAAGCCGAAGAUCAAAGACUACGGUGACUGGGUGCAAGUGAGGGCCUUUUUAUGGGAUUGCGGUGCGGCGGAGAAAGAGGCAGAGGAAGCUAGAGCCAGAUUCAGGGCAAGACCAGGUCAAACCAAAGAUGGAGAGAAUCAGACAUCGGGAAAGAAUGGGGAAAGGCAGGUAGAUCUGCUUUUGGACCCAGAAAUCAAGGCGCCUCUCACAAGUCUUAUCGAACGAAUUUACGGCAAGCGUGUGGACUUGCAGCUGGUAGAAAUCAAGCGGCCACACCUGGAUGCAGACAUAUUAUCCCAAUUUGUGGCACAGCGACUGAAAGACCGACGAUUCACUCCUCGACGCGUCAUUAGAGACGCAACGUGGAGAGUCGCGCUUCCCACAGCGCAACAAGUUGAAGAGAUCAACAAUGCGAAGUUCACGCGGCAGCCUACGCGCUUCAAUUGGACCGACUUCACGAUGCAGAACGCUGCAAAGCACAAUGCAACAUCAAUACUUGAAAGUCUGCGCUUGAGCCAAGUCAGCAGUAUUCAGAUUGAAGCGGCCGGUCGUUUAACCAAGCGUCUGACGGCCAACAGAUCGGCGAAGAAGAUGGCGAGAAGAGGUGCGAACAGUAAGAAGCCAGGUUACAUGCUGAGAGGGUUCCAGAAGGCACAUACACACUAUGCCUUUGCCAGCGGAAAGAGAAGAGUUGGACAGUUCGGCAUCAAGGUCAAUGUGGGCCAUACGUAAGCCGCGGGCACAGCACUGAAGAUAAUGGGACCACAGCUUCGCCCAGUAUGGGAAUAUAGCAUUUCUCAUGUAUGAACACCAAUAUAUUGAGGUGAAACUCGCGUCAGGCAAAAACAGCCUGCUGAUG